AAACCCCACCUUGGUGGAGGGAAGGUCACGGGCGAUAAGCUUACUAGCACCUAUGACUUGGUUGAGCAAAUGCAGUAUCUUUAUGUUCGGGUGGUGAAAGCAAAGGACUUACCUGGGAAGGAUGUAACGGGUAGUCUUGAUCCUUAUGUUGAGGUUAGGCUCGGGAACUAUAGGGGUACGACCCGUCAUUUUGAGAAGAAGUCAAAUCCCGAAUGGAAUCAGGUGUUUGCUUUUUCCAAGGAUCGGAUUCAAGCUUCUGUACUUGAGGUGAGCGUGAAAGAUAAGGAUCUUGUUAAGGAUGAUUUUGUUGGUCGCUAUAUGUUUGAUUUGAAUGAGAUCCCAAAAAGAGUGCCCCCAGAUAGUCCUCUUGCUCCGCAGUGGUAUAGGUUGGAGGACAGAAAUGGUAACAAAGUUAAAGGAGAGCUGAUGUUGGCUGUUUGGAUGGGUACUCAAGCUGAUGAAGCCUUUCCUGAAUCUUGGCAUUCCGAUGCUGCGACUGUUAGUGGUGCUGAUGCUCUUGCAAAUAUAAGGUCUAAGGUGUACCUCUCACCAAAGCUGUGGUACCUUAGAGUUAAUGUGAUUGAGGCUCAGGACUUGAUUCCCGGUGACAGAAGUAGGUUUCCAGAAGUUUACGUGAAGGCCAUCCUUGGAAAUCAGGCAUUGAGAACCAGAGUUUCCAUGAGCAAGACUAUCAAUCCGAUGUGGAAUGAGGAUCUGAUGUUCGUAGCAGCAGAACCAUUUGAGGAGCCAUUGAUUUUGAGUGUGGAAGACAGAGUUGCACCAAACAAGGAUGAAGUUCUCGGAAGGUGUGCUAUUCCUUUGCAGUAUAUUGAUAGGAGAUUGGAUCACAGACCUAUUAACAGUAAGUGGUAUAAUCUUGAAAAGCAUAUAAUGGUUGAGGGAGAAAAGAAGAAGGAAAUCAAGUUUGCAAGCAGGCUUCACAUGAGGCUAUAUUUGGAAGGAGGUUAUCAUGUUCUGGAUGAGUCAACCCAUUACAGUAGUGAUCUUAGACCAACUGCAAAACAGCUGUGGAAGUCCAGCAUUGGUGUCCUAGAAUUGGGUAUUCUGAAUGCUCACGGCCUCUCGCCGAUGAAAACAAAAGAUGGGCGGGCAACAACAGAUGCCUAUUGUGUUGCCAAAUAUGGGCAAAAGUGGGUCCGAACAAGGACAAUUAUAGAUAGUUUCGCUCCCAAGUGGAACGAGCAAUACACUUGGGAAGUAUUUGAUCCAUGCACUGUCAUAACUAUUGGUGUAUUUGAUAAUUGUCAUCUGCAUGGAGGAGAUAAAUCCGGAGGGGCAAGAGACUCGAGGAUUGGGAAGGUCAGGAUCCGGCUUUCAACUCUUGAAACAGAUCGUGUUUACACACAUUCUUAUCCACUACUGGUCUUGCAUCCUACCGGGGUGAAGAAGAUGGGUGAAAUUCACUUGGCUGUAAGAUUUACUUGCUCAUCA